GGCAUCUUCUUGUUUGUAAAUUUUGUAAUGCAGUUCUUGUUCUUAUUUGAAAUUGAAGAUUUAGGGAAAAUUGAAAAUUAUUCUUUGUUGUUGAAGUUUGGAAAUACUAUCAAGGGGUUCUAGAUCAUCUAAUUCAAUAAAGUACAAUAGUAUUCGUCGAUAAAAUAAAUAUUGAGUAGGAAUAAUGGGAGAGAUCAAAGAAGAACCAGUAGAUGUUUCAAAUGUAUCAAUUAAAGUAGAACCAGGUACUGAAUUAGCUUAUGAAGAUAAAGUUGAUCUGUGUAGUGUAAUUGCAAAACCCAUGGCUUCAAAGAAACUUGCUAAGAAGUGUUACAAAUUGGUUAAAAAAGCUGUGAAGCAAAAAACAUUUAUAAGGGUUGGUUUGAAAGAUGUCCAGAGAAGAAUAAGAAAAGGUGAAACUGGAAUCGUGUUAUUUGCUGGGGACAUUUAUCCCAUUGAAAUAAUGUGUCACCUACCUGUUGUCUGUGAGAAGCGCAAAAUUCCCUAUGUUUAUGUCCCAAGUAGAAAAGACCUGGGAGCAGCAUUAGGAGUCAAAAGAGGCUGUGUGACUGUACUGAUAAGAUCCCAUGAUGACUACAGUGAUACAUUCAAUGAACUAAAAGGAGAAAUUGAUACUUUAGGUAUUGCUUUAUGAUUUAGGUUGUGUAUACUGAUUAUGCAUUUACACUUCAAAUAUAUCUCAUUGUAAUGAUAAUUUUCAUAAGAAAACAGGGAUAUUAAGAUGAAGGAAUUAUGAAAUUGAUGUAAAUUACCUUCUCAUUUUCUUGAAGGAGAAAUAGAACUUGAAUUUAGAAUUAAUUCAAUAUUUUUUUAAUCAUGCCAGUUUCAUUUUGGAUAUGAGUCGUUGGAAAAAUCUUUGCUACUUGUUUCUUCACCAGUUUCUUCAUCUACUUCAUUUUGUCAGUAAUAAGCAGCAAAUAUAUAUCUUCUCCUUUCCAUUGGAGAAAAACAAAUGUUAAUUAUUUUCAACUCUUUGGGUGCAUGAAAGGGAAUUCCAUUAAUGUUCAGAGAACUUUGUGAGGUCUAGGGAGGUUAGGGAGAGGAGGUAUGUAUUGGAUUUUUUUUCAACUUUUAGAAAUCAUAAGUUCUUGACAAAACUUCAGUUCUAUAGACAAACGAGUUUUGGUAAAGAUUUGUUCCACAUAUCUCAAGGUUGACGACGAAGGUAUGUGCUGACUGGGAUUGUCGAGUUCGUCUGACUGGUAUUGCUAGUGAUGUUCAUACUUCUGAAUGUAGCAUAGAAUGAAUACACUUACUUUUUCUUACAAACCUUUAUUAUAGAAUAGCUCUGAGAAUAGCAAAUUAUUGCACACAUACAUGGUUGUUGAGUAGGUAAAUAUAUUUGGAAUAUGAAAUAUCUACCUUCCUCAGAGAGUCAAGUAUUCAGAAGUUAUAUACUAAACAACUGAUUAUCGAUUGUCAUUCAACUUAACAAAAACAAAACUUUCAAAUGGACUAGGAAACAGAGCUUUUAAAAAUCAUGAGGCUGAUAUGUUUGCAUUAAGUUCUUUGUUGAAUAUUAAGUAUGAGUUGAAAGGAAUACUGUAUAUAUAGGUACCUCAUAUGAUUAUGAAUGAUUGAUCUUCAAUUUUUUAGUAGGAAUUUAUUAUUUAUCUGAAGGAUGAUCAAUUUCUUGUUGAUUUCUUUUUAUAAUUAGAAUCUGAGAGAUUUGUGUAUCUUCAUGUGGAAUGUGGAACCAACCAUAAUCCUGUAGACUAUAUUCCAAUAGUUCUAUAUGCCUUAGUUUUUACAAUUCGCAAUUUUGGAGAAUAGUCUACAUAAAUACCACUAACAUUGAAUUUAAAGGAAAUGGAAAAUUACCUGAAGAUGAAUGACAAAGAAGCAACAAUUAAAGUAAAUAACUCUACAUGCCAUUAAAAAGUUGGUCCUAAUUAUUGUAUAAAUGAUAAACAGUGGAACACUGAUCAGAGUCUUCAAAGUGAGUAGACACAUUUUGAUGAUUAAAUAUAGUGACUGGUAUACAUCUGUUCCAGGGGUGAUGUAGAUCACCAAUCCACUUCUUGGAAACCCCAGAUACACAUAAUUCACACCCAUUAUCUUGUAAUUUAUAAUGCUUGAAAGCUUCAACAAAAAUUAGAAUGAUUGAAUAAUGAUUUUCAACA